AUGCUUGUAUCUUACCUUUACCUCUUUCUCGGUGAGUUUCAUUUUUUCUUUAGCUCGUACCACGAUACGUUCGUGAUUCUUCUCAUACAAAACUACUUGACACUCAACGAAACGACGAAAAUGGAAGAACAAGUCUCUGCUGAAACAGGUGAUUUCGACGUAUACUUCGUUAUCCUUUACAUCCUCACUCUUCUGCUCGUUGCAAUUCCCUUGAUCCACUUUGAAAUAUUAAUUGGUCAACGCCACCGCGCAGGUGCAUGUAAACUCUUCAGCAAUUACGGUCUAGGCUAUGAAGGAUUCGGCGCAACGUUGUUUUUCGUAACGUUUGUUAUAGCGGCAUACUUUAUCCAUGACACAUAUGAAGAUAUCAUUCAUAUAUCGAACGUCCUCACUAAUGUCACUGAUAUCGUAACCUGUGAUAAUGGAGACUACGAUUGGAGGAACUGCUCAUCACUCUUCGACAGCGUAGUCAUGGGAUGCCGUCAGGCUAAAAGACGAUUAACAUCACUAAGCCCAACCACACCUGAUAAGCAAUACUGUUCGGAUAUUGCCGCGUCGGCCGUAAUAUCUUCAGCUGAAAAAUACUCAAGCAGCUUAACUCAUCUUCAACACGGCAAUGAUGUUUUUGACGUUCAGCGCCUGUUGUUCUACCUCGUUAUGUUCACAGUAUAUGCGUUCAUCGCAAUUGCUGGUAUAUGGGUCGUAAAAUUUUCAUUGGCUUAUACUUAUAUCGCCACAGUUCUGUUUCUUUUAGUCAGCGUGUUCUUAGCCAUUUCAUUGGCAGGAAUUGGAUUAGUGUGGGAUACAUUGUGGACGCUCACGAAUCCUGAAGCGCUCAACACAUCUCAGGCAUGGAUCGAAGCGAUUGAGCUGGGUAUUACUACAAGCGGAGUUAUAGUUUGGGGUGUGAUGGCAGCAGCCACCUUGCGCGAAAGAAAAGGAGGCAGCUAUGAAGUGAGUUGUGCUGGGAAAUACCUCAAUAAAGUUGAUUAA